UAAGAUUCUUGACAAUUGGCCAAUUGGGGAAACAAAGUUUCCCUUUUUGCCCCUAAAAAAUGAUUCUUGAUGAAAUGAGUGAUCGGUGAGUGACAAAAAAGAAUUGAGGGAUAAGAGUGAAGGCUUUGUUCUCCAAAUAAUUAAGAGAAACCACCUGUCGUCCCUCCGAUCCAUCUGUUUUCACCACCACAACCCACAAUUUCAUAUUUAGAAAGCCACAGUUAAGAGAAUUCAGCUUUCUUGAUUUUGAUGAGAAAAAAAGGUUGAAUUGGAAUCUGGGUAGUUGUUUUUCCAAGUGGGUUUUAGGUUUACUGGCUUUAGGGUUCUCAUAGAGACAGAAUUGGGAUUUAGGGUUGUUGUUGAAGGGAAUUGAAAUUUAAGUAAAUUGGGGGGAUCUUUGUAGAAAGAAAGAGUUUGUAGGAAGAUGACAAGUGUAGUGUGGUUUAGAAGAGAUUUGAGGGUAGAAGAUAAUCCUGCUUUAGCUGCUGGUGUAAGAUCAGGUAAAGUGAUAGCAGUAUACGUAUGGGCACCUGAAGAAGAAGGUCAUUAUUACCCUGGAAGGGUAUCAAGAUGGUGGUUAAAACAAAGUUUAUCUUUGCUUGAUUCUUCCUUGCAGAAUCUUGGAACAAGUUUGAUCACUAAAAGAUCUACUGACAGUGUUUUAUCUCUUCUUGAUGUCGUCAAGUCCACCGGUGCUACUCACCUCUUUUUUAAUCACUUAUAUGAUCCUUUUUCUCUCGUUAGGGAUCACCGAGCAAAGGAGAUUUUAACUGAAAAUGGGAUAGUUGUACGCUCGUUUAACGCAGAUUUGUUAUAUGAACCGUGGGAAGUUCUUGAUGAUGAAGGUCAACCGUUUGUUACAUUUUCAUCGUUUUGGGAUCGAUGUCUUAGAAUGCCAUAUGAUCCCCAGCCCCCACAACUUCCACCAAAAAGAAUAAUUUCAGGUGACUUAUCUAGAUGCCCUUCAGACACGAUAAUUUUCGAAAACGACUCUGAAAGAGGAAGCAACGCCCUUUUAGCGCGGGCCUGGUCACCAGGAUGGAGCAAUGCCAACAAGGCGCUAACAACGUUCAUUAACGGGCCACUGCUCGACUACUCCACAAACCGUAGAAAAGCUGAUAGUGCCACAACAUCAUUUCUCUCUCCACACCUACACUUCGGUGAAGUUAGCGUGAGAAAAGUCUUUCACCAAGUCCGGACCAAACAAAUUUUAUGGGCCAACGAAGGGAACACAGCGGGCGAAGAAAGCGUUAAUUUGUUCCUAAAGUCAAUCGGGCUUCGUGAAUAUUCACGAUAUAUGAGUUUUAAUCACCCGUAUAGUCACGAAAGGCCUCUUUUGGGCCACUUGAAGUUUUUCCCGUGGAUUGUUGAUGAGAACUAUUUUAAGGCAUGGAGACAAGGUAGAACGGGUUACCCGUUAGUUGAUGCGGGUAUGAGAGAACUUUGGGCCACGGGUUGGUUACAUGAUCGGAUACGGGUCGUAGUUUCAAGUUUUUUUGUGAAAGUUUUACAGUUACCAUGGAGAUGGGGAAUGAAAUAUUUUUGGGAUACUUUGUUAGAUGCAGAUCUUGAAAGUGAUGCGCUCGGUUGGCAGUAUAUAUCGGGUACUUUACCUGAUAGCCGUGAGUUUGACCGAAUCGAUAAUCCUCAGAUAGAGGGAUAUAGUUUCGACCCGAAUGGUGAAUACGUAAGAAGAUGGCUUCCUGAGCUUGCUAGACUACCAACUGAAUGGAUACACCACCCAUGGGAUGCACCUGAAUACGUACUUCAAGCCGCUGGAAUCGAACUCGGGUCCAAUUACCCUCUCCCAAUCGUAACGAUCAAUGCAGCAAAAUCCCGAUUACAAGAAGCACUAACUCAUAUGUGGCAACACGAAGCCAAUACUCGAGCCGUUCUCGAAAACGGGACUGAAGAAGGGCUUGGUGAUUCUCUUGAAGACACCCUGAUUGCUUUCCCGCAAGAUAUGCAAAUGGAAUUGGAUCAGGAAACGGUAAGAAACCGUACAACCACCCCAAUCCGUCACUAUGAAGACCAAAUGGUUCCAAGUUUGACCUCUUCGUUGUUACGAGUAGAAGAAGAUGAAGACGAAUCGUCUUCAGAUGAUAGAAAUUUAGCACACGAUAAUAGUAGAGCCGAAGUACCUACUGAUGCUAUGAAUCGGGAAUUGUUACGAGAACCAAUUCAGCGAGAAUUAGGUCAAGAUUUUGGUGCGCAGUCGAUUUUGCCCCAAUUUAAUAUGCAAAUUGCGCUGAGAAAUAGUGAAGAUUCUCCGGCGGAAUCUUCUAGUGCUACGACUUCUAGAAGGGAACGUGACGGUGGUGUGGUGCCUGUGUGGUCACCGGCAAAUUCUAGUAAUUCUGAGUCGUUUGUUGGUGAAGAUAAUUCCUAUUUGCAAAGGCAUCCACAGCUCAACUGGAGGCAACUCUCCCAAACUGGGUAAAAUAUGUUAUCUGAGAAGGUAAAGAUAUUGGAUCAUGAACUCAAGGCGUACGUAUUUGCAUCAACGGUUCUCCAUCUCCGAGGCGAUCUAGUUCAGAUUUCGUCCAUCAUUAGUUCUGGUGUUCGUAUUGUCCUUAUGAUUGAUGCUGUAUAGUAAAGUAAAAACAGUGUUACUUUUAGACAUAAGAAAAUUCUGGAGUCCUCUGAAACCCCAGUAUUUUGACUCGCUAUUUAUGUCAUGUCAUGUUGUACUCGGAUAACAAACAUGUUCUAACUACCUGCUGCAUGAAUUUAAAUAGCGUCGAUGUGUUAGAAAUUUAUGCAUCGCAUCUAAAGAAA